UCGUUUGUGAGCCGUCGAAUAUAGUCCUUUUCAAACUGCGGUUCGACAGCAACAUGAUAUCAGCGCAACCACCAAAUUAACACCUCGCCGAGUGGUGACAAGGCUUGGGUGAACAGGGUGCGCGAAGAGCUGUAUGCAUAUCAUUGGUCGCAACUACCCAAUUUGGCUCAACCACCAUUCCCACCUUGAUAGCUGCCAGUUACGCGCUUUCCUCAAUGCUUUAGUAGCUUCUGUUGCAGACCCUCAUAGGGCCCAUUCAUAUACAGAAUGGUUGACCUGUCGGGUUGAACUUAGUGCUGAACUCGCACACAAUUUUUUUAGUCGCAGCAUAUAUAAAUUAAUGUUAUCUGCACUUUUUCUUCAUUCUCCAACGACUAUCCAUCCGGCAAAAAUGAAGAUCACAUUGUUCAUCGCCUCGGCCAUUCUGGCUUACGGUGCUGUUGCAGCGCCAGUUCAGUCGUCAUCGCCGCUCGAGAAGAAUUCCCGCGAAAAUCAAAAGCAUGAAAUUGAAGAUCUCCCUCCGAUCUCAACUUUCGUCACACCUAGAGGUUUCAUUGAGCCUAUUCCUGAGUAUCCUCACGAGACAACAAAGACUAGUCUUCCUUUCGACAACCACCCAGACAACUCAGAGAGCUUCCUAGCCAUCGUCGACAAUAUCCCGGGCGAUGAAAUGAAGAGCCAGACCAAAACCACUGUUUCGCCUCAACAUGGCUAUCCCCCAGUUUCCGGCUCCCAUCAUGGGGGUUACCACAAUACAAAUCUUCGCGAUCUGCUGGACAAAAUUGAUUUCAAGGAGUCUGUAUGCAUCGAGAAGCAAGCUCAUGAACGCUUGCAGAAGCACUCCAAGCGUUCUGAUCCCCGAGUCGAAAAAGCCGUCGGGUUACUCAAGAGACUCGAUAUUCUCAACUCCGCCCAGACUUUAGAUGAAAAGAUGGCCGAGAUAAUCAUCGAUGAGCUUGAAUCUUAUCUCAGAACGUACCGCGCCAAGGGCUGGAAGUACGACGCUCCCCACGUCGAAGUCGCCGCUAUCCACAAGGCAGAGGACCACCUCCAUGGUCUCAACCUUACCAGGGAUGCCACCCUGAGGCAUGGCGAGAAGCUGCGGGAUCUCUGUUAUCAGAUUGAUGGUAGCUAUCACAGGAAGGAAGCGUGUGCUAGAGGAAUCAUGGAGAACGGAAUUGUGCGGAAUCUAACGGCAGGGCUGGGGAAGCGAGCGGUCAGUGAAGACACAUCCGGCGAUGUCGCUGCUUCUCAACCUAACCCGGGUGCAUCCCCUUCUCUAACCGGCCAACCCCCGUCUGUCGAAACCUCUGUAUCUCAAUUCGCCUUGGCCUACUGUCCUGGCGAAUCUGAUUGGAAACCCGCGGAACAAUUCUCGGACGUCAGUGAUUGUGCUCGUCUCACUCGGGACGUGAAGACUAGCGAACUCGAGCGUCGACAAGACGACCCAGCUUGGUUUGACAAGUUCAUAUUCCCUGAGUAUGAGAACAGCCUCCCUAAGCGAAAUGAUAGAAGGUGGGAUUUUGAGGGAUCGAUGUCUAUGGAGUUUGAGGAUCCUAAAUCCCAUGAGACUACCGAUGUUGAUCUCGAAGCUAAUUGGUUCUCCGAUUGGAAGCGAGCUCUUGCUCAAGGCAAUGAAGAGUCCCGCACUUCCUCUGCAAAGCAAGACGUAACGCCAGAACUUGCAGACCGGAUCAGGAAUUUAGAGGAUGAGAUAGGAACGGAGAUCACCAAGCCCUUCAAUGAACUCAAGAAUGCUACUGAGAACGCAACGGGUGCUAUUCAAGACGCUGUCGAACGUUUCGCCGUCAGGGUUAAUAAGCACAAUUCCUACUCCUCUGGAAAGCUCAACUUCACUGCCACCUUCGAUCCAUCAAAAUAUUGCAAGAGAGACCUCGCCGAGAGCGUCAAGAAGGCUGAGGACGAGAUUGCUGCCAAAAUCAGGGAAGGGUAUGACCAUAUCACCGCGCCUGUCACUGUGACUAAAAACUGCACCUAUAAUGUCACAGCCGUAGGGUCCAUCCCAGUAAAGCAUAACGCGACGGCCAGGUUCAAUCCAACAUGGCAUUACAAGCGCGGUCUGCCAGAAAGUGUCAGGAAGCUGGAGAACGAGAUCGGCUCCAAGAUCACAGAGCCCUAUAACGAGGUUACCCAGCCACUCACCGAGUUCAAGAACUCCACGGAACGAGGGCUCCACCGUUUAGCUCACAAGGCGGAAAAUCUGACAACUAACCAUCCCUAUGGCAAGGAGGGCUCGCCCGCCAACGAAAACGACGAUCUCGAAAGGAUUUUCGCCGAGCACUACAAAUCUCCAGCCUUUCGUGACUUCCUUCACAGAGUAUUCAACAUAACAUCUGGCAACCGCAACUCCACCAGUUGUCCCUAUGCCGGCUCACACGACAAGAGCGCUACCAACCAUACCUCUUCCUCGUCCUGCGGCGAGGGAACCUGCGGCCGGAUCCACGCCAAAGACUUCAAGCAAUCCGGCAAGCACUUAUCCCCCCGAGAGAGAGCCAAAUACUGUGCAGCCCACAAGUAUGGUACAAACACGCCCGAGUUUGAAUUCAGUCAACAUCACUCAGCGGAGGUGUUUGAUCGUAUGGUGGAUAUCAUGGACAUGAAGCAUAAGGCGUCGAAUCGAUACGAUGAGGAUCGCUUUAUUUCAAAAGCGGAACAGCGUUUGCGGGUCCAGCAACUUAUGUUGGAGUAUGAUGAAGCUGGCUUUGAUCCGAGCACUGCGGUAGCAAAACCGAUCAAGAAGACCCUUUAUUAAUGCUUCAAGUACUCUGCUCCACGGUUGCUGUUGGCGUUCUGGAAAUUGUGAAAGAAUAGUUGGAGGGAGGUAAUGUAACUUGGAUUAACAAAACUGUAUUGUUUAUAUAAACUGUAUUGAGAGAGCAUCUGAGCGCUCCUUACCUAGACUGCAAAUAAAGUAUUUUCGUCAUACAGUACAAGAUUGAUAUUUAUGCUUGAAACGUCGAGGGCCACAGCAAUCUCUUGGUCCAACUUCCGUCUCUCUACACACUUUGCUCACAUUUCAGUAGA